AUGUCCUUCAACAAUUGUAAGCCUUGAAAAUGUGAGAGACCAGGUGUACUAUGCGGAGAACUACGGUACUGCUGCCAUUUCUACGAUUAAAUUAGAAGCGGUACCGUCUUUUACUAUACAGCUCGCACGGUUUUUC